UUCCACGUCUCCUCAAGGAUCUAUUAAUAAUGAUAAAUUGAUCUCUGAUCAUGAAGAAGAAGUAACUACUAUGAAAGAUGUCAUGGCUAUAAAUUAUUUCGCAUACCAACUUCACCUUGGACGUUCAGGUGAAGCU